AGUGAUGACAAAAUUGUAAAUAUAGUCGUAGGCAGGGAAAAUAAAUCGCUUUAACGGGGGUGGUGUGGUGAGAGUGAGGCUUGUGGUGAAAAACGGGUGUGAUGUGGUGAAAAAUGGCAAAUCACUCAAAUAAAUCAAAAAAGAAGAAUGCCGCCGAGCAUCAUAAUGAAAAUACCAAAAAAAAGCAAUCCCAGCGCAACAGCAAUAAUUCCAAUCCCAAUAUCAGCACCAAUGGCAACGGAAACACUAGUUCCAAAUCGGGAGAGGAGGAAGAGGAUAUCAGUUUUACUUGGCAAUCUCUGAAUCCCGAGCAAUUAAUUGAUGUCCUUAUGCAGAAUUUCAAUAGAUUUUGGCAACAGAUCCGCCGGCUCGCCUCAUUCGUGAUGUCCGAAUUGGGAGGCUAUCAGCUAUUUGAAUCUAUUGCUUUAUGGUGUGCACGUAAUCCUCAUUUAGCCAUAUUCUUGCUUGCCGCCAGCAUGGUUUGCCUUUUACCAUUUCUUAUCAUAUUUGGCUUUGGAAUCGCGACCAUGGUCAUGGCCUUUACAGGACUUCUGAUGCUGGAGGGCACUAUCCUUACUAUAAUUUCUGUGAUGUUUGUCGCCUGCAUAGGCGGCCUGGCCAUUCUUGUUCCUUUAAUAGGAAUUGUUACUUUGGCUGCAUACUUUGGGCUGGCAAAAAUCUAUACUCUCUACGGUGCUGAUAUUGAACGGAAUAAAAAUGUACUAAUGAGGAUUAUCGAUGAACCGCCAAAAUCGUGCAAAACAAAUCAACAAAAUUCAUUGAGAAUAAUUGAUAAUCAGGAGACAUAUCCGGUAGCAUAGAUUCAAUAAACAAGUACAUAAAACGAAAGGGAAAUCUCAAAUCAAUGAAUUUAGAGACUAUAUCAAAGGUGAAUGGAAAUUAGUAAAAAAUAUAAUAAAAAUGCACAAAUAUCAAAAUGUA